CCAGCGUUCAGCGGCACCCGUCGCGCAUUUUGAUAUUCCACGGUAUAGAUUCUGCUAAGAUGGAUUUGCAACCGCCGUCGGUGCUGGCUCAAUUGCCUCGCCCCUUGCAAGCUUCGACUGGAAAAAUCCGCAUCGGUGAAGUGCAUGGAUUGGCCGACUCGAAAAAGCGCAAGAGAUAUGAAGUGGCCGUCGCAGUCGAUGGAGAGGCUGUGAACAUUUACAAUGUUCAAACUCCGAAGCUGGUUACCUCCUAUGCCGUCCCACCGCAGUCCUCGUUUUCAUGCCAGCCAUGCUCGGUGCGCAGAAAGCUUUCGAACAAGCCCGUUGUCAAGCGACAGACGUAUGUCGCAGUGAACCCUCAGCGCGAGAUCAAAUCGUUUGUCGAAGAAAGUGGUGGAAAUGGAUCGACUGCACCCGUGAUUUCUUCCUCGUCCUUCUCCGUGAAGGAUUCGGAUAGCCCGGCCAUCUUUGUCGGUUUGGUUCCGACUGCCUCUGGUGUUGAUAGAGAAGAUGAUUCGUUCGAUGUGCUGGCUGUUCACGAAGACGGUCGUGUGCGCCGGCUGGCAGCUGAUCUUGCGACUCAGCGAUGGAGCAUCCGACCUAGCGAGCUGGCGCAGGGCUCGUCCGAUACCGUGCGUGCAUGCUUCCUCGUCGAAUAUGAGGACGCGAAGAAAGCGCUCCUAAAGAAACGCCAAGACCUUGCGACUUUGGCUUUGGGAGACCUGACGAACUCCGGCGUGGAUGAGCCGUCGAUAUUGCUGGUCGUCUCGCACCCUACCGGAUCUCAACAAAUCAAGCUGAACAACGUGAAAAUCUCCAUGUUCUCCGUUCCUGGAAACGUGUCGCAGACUCGCCUGGAUGAGAGCCAGAAAUUGAGACACCUCAUCACUGUCAGCAUCCCCGAUAUCGACGCCGAAGAGACGUUUGAGAGCAAUGGGUUGGAAUGGGAUUUCCACGCCGCAUCGGCGGGGCUGAACCUCUCUUGCCGGAAGGGAUUUAUCAACUUCGAUCUGUCCCAGUACAAGCCAACGGCAACUUCCAAAUUCAUCCUCGACGACGAAGAGUUCUCCUCGGUCAUGCGAGUUUCGCCGCAGACGGUGAUCGGAGCCGGCAAGUCGAUUAUCGCAUUGUUCGACACGCAGUACAAGUCGAUCCAGCGAAGUAUCGCCUUCGACGAUGUCCCUAACAUCUCUUCGAGCCCCAAGGCGCCCACAAAAUUCAUCAGCUAUUUCGCGAAGCUUGGCAUUGCCGUCGCAGCCAAGGGCAACAUCUUGUAUGGAUUCGACUUGAGCUCCUCGCACGCGACACUGGCUUCGUCCGUCAAGCGACCCAGGGACGGUCUUCUGAUCGACGCCAUCGGACGCGGCAUUGGUUCCUCCGCCUCGCAAUGGGACGCAGCUUCCAAGAAGCCCCGCGUCGAGCAGGUGAACUCGCUGGGCCUCAAUUCACAGGAGCAGAUCGACCGAUGGAACCAACUGACCACCGACCUCCGCGAAUCCGCCAAAUCCAAGGAUGCUGGCGCCUUUGACCGCGCGGUCCAGGCCUAUUUCAACGUGGACGACUCGGCGAAGCUGCCCGCACGGGGUCAAUACGUUAACGUCGAAGUCACCCUGUUCCUCCUCACGUUCAUCUUCUCCGUCCAGGAUGCCGGCAGCAGCCAGGACAAGCUCUCCGCCUCGUCGACCUUCCGCCUGUCCAUCGACUUCUGGCCGUCCGAGACCUGCGAAUGGCUCAUCCAGCUCGGCCACCUCUCAGCAGACAACGUUGAGAUUGCCCUGCGCCGGUCCCUCAAGCCGCGCAUCCUGCCCUCCCUCCCAGUCGGCUCUUUUGUCCAGGCGCUCAUCGACUCCGACGCCACUCUCCAGCGUCUCCUCAGCGUCCUCCAGGGUCCCACGAUCUUCAACCCGGACGAACUCGCCUACGCGCUCAAGACCUUCCUCAACACCGCCCACGCGCGCUCGCUCGCCCUGGAAGAAGAGACGGCAAAGACCCUCGCCAUCACCUCCGGCGAGGAGCCCGACCAACCCGACCAAUCCGCCCUCACCACCAGCACCAGCACCAGCACCAUCCAAGACGCCCUCAAAGAUAUCUUCCUGGGCCUGAACACCACCAUCCAGAAGAUCCACGCCCAUCCCGCCCCCGCCAUCACCCACUCGAUCCGCUCCGCCCUCUCGCGCACCGACAUCCUCUCGCUCGUCCACCACCUGCGCCUCUCCCUCGCCGUCGGCGGCCACACCACCCGCUUCACCGAGAACCCUCCCACCCCGAUCUCGCCGCACCAGACCACGCCCACCCUCUCCCUGGACACCAUCGCCACGCUGCUCAACGCCUCCGUCGACGCCAUCGGCCCCUCCGGCUGGAUCUCCGCCUCCGCGGACCUCGCCGAUGCCCCGACCCGCGAGAUGGACCUCAUCGCCGACAUGAAGUCCGAGGUCUCCGCCGCCCUCGCCGGCGUCGAAGAAGCCGCCUACCUCACCGGCAUCCUGCGCGAAUACAUCCGCUACACCAACAACGUCCACAGCCUCGCCACCCCAUCCACCCGCGGCAAGGCCUCCAUCCCCUCCUCCUCCUCUCACGACAACACCACCACCACCACCACCACCACCACCACCAACACAGACCUCCAGCCCGCCUCCGAUGCCGAACCCCCACUCUCGACGCGCGUGCGCCACGAGAAACUCAACGGCGCAGACCUGAUGGUCUUCGGGGCCGGCGACGAGGGCGCCGAGGACGGCGACGCCGCUGGAAAGCUGCUCCCGCUAUCACUCAAGGGCGCGAACGACGUCUCGCGCACCAAGGUCAAGAAGUCCACCGGAGAAGUCAAGGCCCGGAGUCAUCGUGAGAUCGGGUACUUGAAGCGUAAGGCGGUCGGGAAGUAUUCGUUUGAGAGGCUUAUUGUAUAGAUUAGAUCAGACUUUUUCUUUUCCAGUUCUUUUUUUUUUUAUUAAAAUAUUCUAUCUGUUGUUGGUCUUAUUGUGGUUGGCAUGGUUUUUAUGUGUGUAGAUGUUAUUUCCCCACUUGUCUGUCUAUCUGUUUAGUAGGUAGAUGUGAUAAAAGAAAAAUGGAGUUAAGAUUUUUU